AUGGGUAUUACAGGAAAAUUGAAGGAUUUGAGAAUAACACCAAGUUUGACUAGAAUGAUUGACAGAAUCGUAUCGCAUGAUGAUAUCUUUUAUCGUUCAGAGCAACGUGAUACACCCGACUUAACGAUGCAGGAAAAAAGAGAAUUGUUGGAAAAUUUAUAUGCGACAAAUUCACACUUAUUCAUGAGACGUUAUCACAAAUAUCUGGCAGUGGAAGAUUGCGAGUGUUUUGAUCAAAAUGAUUACGAAAUUCAGUUUUAUGCAAAAGCAGUUAUGGAAAGAUGUAAAGAUAGGGAUAUCAAGAAGCGGGAGAAUAUAAGACUUCGAAAUCAGCGCUAUGCGGAAUUAAUGCGAUUAAAAAGAGAAACUGAUUAUUUUUCGGAUAAGAAAAUGCGAGAACGCGAACCACUACUGUUUGAUAAAAUGAUUGGUAGAUUUUUGCCAGAAGAGGAACAACUCUAUCUUAGACCAACUAUUGAAAAUGAUUCUCUUUCUGGUGUUUUUAUGCAAUUUGAAGAUUCCCAGAUCAUUUCAAAUCGACGAAAUGCUCAUUUAAAUGAAUGGAAUGAGUUUUUAAAGUAUGAUAGGGAGAAUGUUUCGAAAUUUGGUGACUUAGUGCAACACGCAAGGAGCCGAUUUUGUGACGAGAUGGAAAGUGCCAACGAUGAAACGAAGUCUGAAGACGGCUCUGAGCAAGUUGCUAAUGAUAAUGAGCCAACUUCCAGCCGUAAAACGGAAGAGGAGAUAAUUUCGGAAUCUUCCGAUGAAGAUCAUGAUCAGGAACAACUGAGAGCAGACUUCAUCGACCAUAUGGAACAACGGUUCUUAAGAGGUGAUGAUACCGAAUUUUAUGAUUACUCUGUUAUUGAUAACGUGAUGACAAAAGAGUAUGAACUGAUGUGUGAUCGAGAUUUGGAGGAUGCAUACUUCGAAAAUGAUUAG